GACGUCACACGCAGAGAGCCGCGAGGAGGAAGCAGCAGUCGCUGCUGCUGCUGCGAGUGGCGAACUCGUGGAGUCCCGGGCAGCAGCAGCAGCAGCCGCAGCCGCAUCCCGCGCAUCAGAGAGGCCCAUUCAGCAGCAGCAGCAGCGGCGGCGAGUACAGCCUACCGCGGGCGCGACAAUGAAGCUACAGCCGCCUUGGGCCCUGCUGCUGCUGGCUCUGCACCUGUGCGCCCAGGCGCUGGCAGAACGCGACUUCUACAAGAUCCUGGGGGUGUCUCGCUCAGCCACUACGCGGGAGAUCAAGAAGGCCUACAGGAAACUCGCCAUGCAGCUGCACCCCGACAAGAACCCCGACGACCCCCAGGCAGCCGACAAGUUCCAGGACCUGGGCGCUGCCUACGAGGUGCUGUCGAAUGAAGAAAAGCGGAAAACGUUCGAUCGUCACGGAGAGGAAGGGCUCAAGGAAGGUGGCCAUGGCUCCCAUGCCGAUGCCUUCUCACACUUUUUUGGCGAUUUUGGAUUUGAAUUCUUUGGGGGAGGAAGCAGACAGCAAGACCGUAACAUCCCCCGAGGAAGUGAUGUUGUCAUGGAGCUUGAGGUCACCCUUGAAGAAGUUUAUUCAGGAAACUUUGUUGAGGUUGUAAGGAACAAGCCGGUGGCAAAACAGACUUCGGGGAAACGGCGGUGUAACUGCCGUCAGGAGAUGCGGACGACGCAGCUGGGACCUGGGCGCUUCCAGAUGACGCAGGAGACUGUCUGUGAUGAGUGCCCGAAUGUCAAGCUGGUCAAUGAAGAGAGAACUCUGGAGGUGGAGAUAGAGCCUGGUGUUCGGGAUGGCAUGGAAUACCCAUUUCUGGGAGAAGGCGAACCUCACAUUGACGGAGAGCCCGGAGACCUCCGCUUCAGAAUAAAAGUUCUCAAGCACCCAGUCUUUGAGAGGCGAGGAGAUGACCUCUACACAAACAUCACCAUCUCAUUAGUGGAUGCACUUGUUGGGUUUGAGAUGGAUAUCAUUCAUCUGGAUGGACAUAAGGUAAAGAUCGUCCGAGACAAAGUGACGUGGCCUGGUGCCCGGAUAAGGAAGAAGGAAGAAGGGCUGCCUAACUUUGACAACAACCACAAUCGUGGUUCACUAAUCAUAACUUUCGAUGUCGACUUCCCAAAGGGGGAGCUCACCAUCCAGCAGAAAGAUGGUUUGAAAGAGCUUCUGAAACAAGAAUCAGCUCAAAAUGUAUACAACGGACUUCAGGGAUAUUAAUCCUUAAAAAUGAGUUUGCCACUUUUUGAAAUGUCUCACGCUGUAUUUAUAAUUUAUGUAUAGGUUGAGAAUUUUUCCUCAAAUAAAAGGAUUGCAUUUCACCUUGUCAAUGAAAUCCAUAAAGGAUUGCUACAAAGGGGUGUUAAAACAUGUCAACAUUCUGACAAAAAUAUACAAUCCUAAAAUCUUGCUACUCUUAUUAAUGCCUUAUGCACAUGUGCUGCGUCACAAAGUACCAUUGUGCGCAUAAUUCUCUGGCAGCUGAUUAACAUUUAGUAAAACAAUAGAAACCAAAGUUUGGUCAACCCUCUUAAAAUAUUAACAGUAAAUGCCAUUGUGCUAGUUUUCACAUGUCACCCGUUUAAGGCCUAAGUGGCAAAAUGUAAAAUUAUAUAUUGCUGUAACUAACGCAUCAACGUCAACAAAUUGAGCAACUUGGUAUAAAAUACAGUACUUAAAUUUAUGGAUUCCGUGUGCCUAAUUUUUCUAGAAUUUUUUUUCUCCCCAAUGCACCUGUGCUGAAUGAGUUUGAGUAGAUUUUCUGCAAGUUGUGUGGAAGUGCUUAGGUUCCAUUACUAAAGCUAUAGAUCUGCUGGCAUUGGGAUUAUGACUUAGAAAAAUAUUUGAGUCACUUGUAGUUGAUGCUAGUGCCAUGGAAGGCACACAUUAAUAUAAAGGAAGAUAAGAAGCCCUUGAACUUUAUACUAAAAGUAGUUGAAUGGACUGAAUUGGUUGUUUUUUUUCCUUCCUUUGGUCUUCCCAUUAUAUUCAAAUGUAGUAAUGACUAUCAUGCCAUUUCCACGUGGAAUAUGAAAAAAAUAGAGAACUUAUAUUUCUCAAAGCUCUUUCAUUGUCUCUUAUCAGCAAAUGCUUCUACAUGUGACGUUUACACAGAGCUCCAAAUGUAGCUAGCUACAUUCUUGUGUCCCCUGCCAGAGUACCCAGCCAUGUAGAAACAUGUCUGUGGAAACUAAAGCUGCAGCUAGCUGGCCGAAUCGUCGUGAUCUCGGCCAACACGGGACUACAACGCAAGGUGGUGCAAGUCUCAUAGCAAACACCAUUUUGUUAAGUCUUCAAAGCUGGAGAAAAUCUUAAUUAAGUAAACACUCUACUUAACAAAGGAUUAUUUGUGCAGCCAUUGGUUAUCAGGCUGUGCCCAUCAACCACUAAGAUUGAGAAAGGUGUAUUACCACGGGUGGCUCGCUGAAUUCCAAGGCAAAAUCUACGCUGCCCUGAUAUGGUACUAUAUAUGGAUAUUAACAUUGACAUUUGAAAAAGACUACAUUUUCACCCAAAUAACCCAAGUUUAGAGAUGUUUAAAUUCUGCAUAAAAAUAUCUCAACUGCAAUAAUGUAUCUUGUUGUGUGAUGGGUGGGUUCUUUAAUAACAUUUGUGAAAUAUCAUUGGUAGGGGUAACUAGUGAAAAACAAAUGUUAUUUCCCUUUUUAAAACCGUGGGUACCCUUAACAGUCCUGCAUCACUUUGUGAUUUAUAUAUUCGAAAUUAUGCUUUUGUUGGGUUAUCUUAAAAUUUACAGGGUUAUUUGUGGGAAUUGUUUUAAUGUACUGUAUGAAUUUUGCCCCAGCUGUGGAUAAACUCUUGUUGCCAGAUGCUCAAGGCAGGCCCCGUCAAUGAUGGUUUGACAGUAUUGUGCCCACGGGGGAAAGUCCCGUCCCUUGUCUCGUGGAGGUAUUGUUUUCCCCUCUUGUAAUAAAGUGUUUUUCACACCUUGGUGCUGUA